AGUAAAGUGUGUAAAACUACAUGAAACGUCCUCAAAAACAUAACCAGAUUUAACGUAGUUUCGUAACAAUUUCCGGCGUAACAUGUAGUAGAUUUGAAGAAAUUUUUUAUUACAUUUUUAAAUCUUUAUGUAUGGUAAUAUUAUCAAAUAUGACAGAUCUACCACCUGAGACAACUAAUAGUGAGUCUGAAGCAGUUUCAAGUCAGCCCAAUUCACCUGUUUUUGUUGGCAACAAACACGAGUUUGUGGAAAAACAGAAGGUAAAAUGCAAUGUGAAUGGGCGAGACAUUGUUGUGUUUCACCACAACCAACGCUUCUAUGCGAUGGACCAACAUUGUUACCGUAAGUAUUAAUGCAUGCGCAGUACUUAAUGCAUAUGGCUUACAUGAUACCAGGACAAAAAGAUGGAAUCCGAUUCUUUUUUUGGCCAAUGAUCAGUGGGCUAUCCAUUUUCACAUUCUUGGCAAUCAUUUUUAAUUCUUCGUUUCAUGGGAUUUAAUUUAAACCACCAAUUUCAUGGACUUGAUGGAAUCAUUUCAAUUGCUCUUUGAAUUCAACAAUUCCCAUUUACUAGGCACUUGCAUAGUUUCAUGUAAGUGGUAACAUAUAGAAAUAUGCAGAAAAGAAGACAGAAAGAUCGUCGAAUGAAGAAAAGUUACCCCCUAAUCCCCUAAUUAGUUACCCCUAAUUGGAAUAGGUUUGUCGAAUAGAGUUCUUCUCAACAAAGGAGGGAAAUAUUUCUGCACUUAGAUAUUUUUGCUGAAAGGGUGAAGAGUGAAGAGUUGGAGAUUCUGAUCUUUACCUUCAGAGGAAAUCAGGAAUAAGUAAGAAUUCCUCACAAAAUUUGAUAGUAAACUUUCCAACAGGGUAUCCUUACAUGAGCUGCAAAACUGCCAGCUAUAUGGACUGGUUCUGACCAGCCCUUCACAUUGAUUCUUCUUCAUACUGAGUUGUUAAAAUUUAUAACUGGUACUAUUUGUUCAAGAUGCUGGUGGCCCUUUGGAUAAGGGAGACAUUGAGGUGAGGUUAUUGUAUUUGCCCGCUGUUAUUUGGAAAACCUUUUGAAACUACUUAAUUUAUUAUCAUGUGUUUCCUUAAGAAAAAUCGAUCUUAAAUUGAUAGGCUAGGUUCUAAAUGAGAUGGAAGAUCAAUUUUAAGGCAAUCAAGUGUCUUUUCUAUGCCAUUGGCAAGCACUCUAUUUUACAACUAAUCAGAAAUGGCACUUUCCAUUGCCCAGUUGUGUAAAAACUUAAGCUUAGAGUUGCCAUUAUUUGCUACAAACUUUACACCCCAGAAAGCAGAAAUCGUAACUAAAUAAACUAACUCAGAUAAAUCCUUAACUGGAAAGAUAGAGGCUCAUUUCAUUACUUGUACAAAGCAAAAAUGUUAACUCUUGUUUUAAAAAAAAAAAUCAUUCUUUUUAUGCAAUUUAGGACAUUGGAGGCAGAUGGUGCAUCAUUUGUCCAUAUCACAAACAAAAGAUAACACUUGAGACAGGAGAAGGACUUCAUUACUCAAUUGAUCCCUACAAUUUGAAGAAGCCACCUGAGUUGUGCUCCAAGGGAGUGGUACAAAGAGUGCAUCAUGUUCAAGUUAUUGGCAACAAACUUUAUGUUACCCUCUCAGAUUCAAAAGAAUACCUGCCAUCUGAUUAUUUUUAUUCAAAAAGAGUUGUAAAAAGUAACUGAAUGUACACAAUAUAAAUGUCAAAACACAGGAAUGCUCUUCAAAAUAAAAAUAUUCACACUUUUAAG